CCAUAAUAAACCCAUUGUCCUCAGCCCUACGAUGGUGUCCUCCACCACUCACGGCUUUGAUGGAUCCCCUGUCAGCAUCGGCGACAUGGCGCAGACUGACGGAAGCGAAAGAAGGUUCCAUGGCAUCCAUCCAUGACAAGGGCGGAAUAACGGGCACUGCUGGUGUGCUUGCUUGAUCGUCAUGAUACGACCACACAGCACGAACAAACGAACGAACGAACGAACGAACGAACGAACAGGCGUCAGUCAGAGUCAGCCGCUUCCACCGUCUACCGAGAUUCCCUAUCUGCGAUGUGCUUAGUUACCUACCCUUGGCUUCGAUCUAUAGUUGACUCACUUUCUAUAUAACUGUCCAUCUCCUCCUCCUCUGGAUUGGAAUUCUCAUCACCAUCAACAACCAGUUUCAUCUACACUCUAAAACUACUCUACAACCACACUGCAACUCAACACUCAUAUACAACAACUCAGCUCUUUCAACUCAACCCAACUUCUAUUUUCACCCAAAAGUCUCACUUAACUCUACUCUACUCUACAUUCACAAUGGCUGCUUUCACCCUCACAUUUGCUCCCACUACCCGAUCCUUCGGCCGAUCUGGCUACAACAAGGACGGCGACGACUCCGACUCCAAGCCCACAAACAACCGUGGUCGAUCUGGCUACAACGAGCCUGAGGAGGGAGACUCUGGUCGCUCUGGCUACAACGGCCCUGAAGACGAUGAUUCCUCCAAGGGCAACAAGGGCCGCUCUGGCUACAAUGGUCCCAGUGACAAUGACGAGGAGUAAACUCCUUUUUUCCUUUUGAGCCACUUUCCCAAAAGCAUACACAGCGACAGCGCAAGCAUUGGGCGGAGUUUUCUGUUUAGACACUAGUUUCAACAACAUUUGCAUGGAAUGGAGUUUCGUUUCGUUUUGUUAUCAUCAUCAGCAUUGGUAUCGGUAUUUGGAGCAACAAAUUGCAGACAGGGCAUCGCAUAGCGGGAGGAGUUGGAAAAGACGGAAGCAUAGCAUUACACAGCGUUGGCAUGGCAUGGAACUGCAUAGAAGCGAGCAUACAGCAUGGAUUUCCUUUUGCUUUAUUUUUCUUAUCUUCUCGUCUCAAAUUUAUCUUCGCUUUCUCUUUUCAUAACCUGCUAGACCAGGCCCAGGCGGCCCAACCUCGAGUCUUUUUCAAUUUGUUUAGACCAGCUGCUCUCUAUAGAAUAUUCCUCGAUGGAAAAUACAUUUCAACUCUCUUGCCCAUCUCUCAUCACUGUAGUCUUCUUCGCCACGCGCUUAUUUCCCCA